AAGAAGGGCGUCUCCCCAGGUGGUCAGGCCACGAUGUAAAGAUCGCGAAUCGCGAGUACAAACUUGCGGUGCACGACGCCACGUCAGCCCACAGCAGCUUCCCCUCCUCCCCCAACGCCACAAGCUUCUGUCACAGCAAAUACUCUCCCUAUUCGAUACCACCCAAACCGUGCCAAGAUUUCUGUUCCUCUCCUUCUCUUUUCUCCGAUCUCACUCCGCCGCCCCUAGAAUCAAACUUCGUUCACUACUCUCUCACUCUCGGUUUCAUCUCCCAGCAUAACAAUGCCUGGUGGAUCAGCCGCCGCUGGACGCAGCGGCGUCAGAGUUGUCGUCGUCGGAGACCGUGGCACCGGAAAAUCCAGCCUCAUAUCCGCUGCAGCUUCCGAAUCCUUCCCUGAGCAUGUCCCCAGGGUUCUUCCUCCUACUCGCCUCCCUGCUGACUUUUAUCCCGAUCGCAUCCCUGUCACCAUCGUUGAUACCUCCUCCAGCAUUGAGAGUAGGGGAAAGCUUGAUGAAGAGUUGAAGCGGGCUGAUGCAGUGGUAUUAACGUAUGCAUGUGAUGACCCAUUGACACUUACUCGUCUGAAUACCUUUUGGCUUCCUGAGCUUCGUCGCCUAGAGAUCAAGUCUCCAAUAGUUGUGGUUGGAUGCAAGCUAGAUUUGCGAGAUGAGUGUCAGCCAAUGAGCUUGGAGAAUGUCAUGGGGCCUAUCAUGCAACAGUACAGGGAGAUUGAGACUUGCAUAGAAUGUUCAUCUGCCACACUAAUUCAGGUCCCUGAUGUUUUCUAUUAUGCUCAGAAGGCUGUUCUUCACCCAACAGCUCCAUUAUUUGAUCAAGAAAGACAAUGUUUGAAACCACGCUGUAUCAGGGCACUGAAACGGAUAUUUUUUCUUUGUGAUAAUGACAUGGAUGGUGCUCUUAGUGAUUCAGAGUUGAAUGAAUUUCAGGUCAAAUGUUUUAAUGCUCCAUUACAAGCUGCUGAAAUAGUGGGUGUUAAAAGGGUGGUUCAAGAGAGGAUACCAGGAGGAGUCAAUGAUCUUGGUCUAACUCUUGAAGGCUUCCUAUUUCUUCAUGCUCUUUUUAUAGAAAAAGGGCGUCUUGAGACAACUUGGGCUGUACUGAGAAAAUUUGGAUAUGAUGAUAACUUAAAGCUCAGGGAUGAUAUUCUUCCAGCUCCUAGUAAGCAUGCUCCUGAUCAGAGUGUAGAGCUGACAAGUGAAGCUGUGGAAUUUCUGCGUGGAAUCUUCCGCCUAUAUGACCUUGAUAAUGAUGGAUCCUUGCAACCAGCUGAGCUUGAUGCUGUAUUUGUAACUGCUCCAGAAAGUCCAUGGGGUGAGGCUCCUUAUGCAGAUGCUGCAGAGAAGACAGCACUAGGGAGUAUAACUCUUAAAGGGUUUCUAUCUGAGUGGGCCUUGAUGACAGCUUUGGAUCCAACUUCUAGUUUGGCUAAUUUGAUAUACAUUGGAUAUGGUGGGGAUCCUGCUUCAGCACUUCGUCUUACUAGGAGAAGAUCUGUAGAUCGCAAGAAGCAACGAACAGAAAGAAAUGUUUUCUGCUGCUGUGUUUUUGGUCCCAAAAAAGCUGGAAAGUCUGCUUUGUUGAAUUCAUUUUUAGGAAGGCCUUUCUCCAAUAACUAUUCUCCAACAACUGGUGAAUGUUACGCUGCGAAUGUUGUUGACCAACUUGGGGGUACUGAAAAGACACUUAUUUUGCAAGAGAUCCCAGAAGAUGGAGUGAAGAAAUUCCUUUCCAAUAAGGAAUCUUUAGCAGCCUAUGAUGUAGCCCUAUUUGUCUAUGACAGUUCGGAUGAAUAUUCAUGGAAAAGAGCUAGGGAACUGCUUCUGGAUGUUGCCAGGUGCGGAGAGGAAAGUGGCUAUGGAGUGCCUUGCCUCCUCAUUGCAGCCAAGGAUGAUCUGGAUCCAUUUCCAAUGGCACUACAAAAUGCAGCAAGAGUCACUCAGCAGAUGGGAAUAGAUGCUCCCAUUCCCGUAAGUGUAAAACUAAGGGAUUCAAAUAGUUUGUUCUCUAAAGUCAUAAGUGCAGCUGAACACCCUCAUAUGAGCAUUCCUGAAACUGAUAUUGGGAAGAAAAGGAAGAAGUAUUGCCACCUUGUUCAAAACUCGCUCAUGUUUGUUUCAGUAGGAGCCGCCAUUGCUGUUGUGGGUAUGGCAGCAUAUCGUGCAUAUGCUGUGAGGAAGAAUUCUUGAAUGGUAGGGGAUGGUCAAGAUGGAUCACUGCUUUUUGCUGGCUCUAGAAGUGAAAUAAAUGGUGGGUAUUUCUCGGAUGGUCAAAUUUUCCAUACCUCAGUCCUUGCUUUCCAUUCUUAACCUAUAUCCUUCUGUAUAUAGAUAUAUUUUUUGAUAUUUUAAACAAGAAUAGAUAACGUCUUGGAACUUUCGCUUCAUUUAACGAAGAGGUUAAGUUAAUAAUCAAUCAUCCGUGUAAGCCAUGUACAUCUAAAUAUUAAUGCUCGUUGUUCGACUUUUAUUGGAGGUGACACCUUACCAAAAUUAUGUAUGUUCCCUGCAACAAAAAUGUUUCUCAUGU